AUACAGCAAGACGGUGUCCCCCGGAACAGGAUGCCACUGGAGAACGUGGCAACCACUGGGAAAAGGUAUGUGGAUUUUCUGGUUCCUCGUGUUAAUAGCAGCAGAGCAUGUUACAUAUAGGUUGGAACUUGGAGCAAAUGCAGAGGCGUUGACUCUGGAGGUGAUGAAGUCUCCCUGCUCAUUUACUGUGACAUCACCAGUGAUGCAAGCAGGGCUGGUGAGUGGGAGAGGCUGUCACAUUCAAGGAACACCCCAGCAUGCAGAGCCCCUCUCCCUUCCCCACCAGCCACAGACGUUUGAGGGGGUGGGGAAUCCUAAUCUAAUGACGUUGAGGCACAAGACCCCUUGGCCGAUGAAGUUGACCUGUGGAGUCACUGAGUGUAUUUGAAGAAGGAUUCCCCCGCACGGGUGUGAUUCAAGAUGUUCCUCUUCGCCCGUAAAACCAAGACCCCCAUCAGCACCUACACGGACUCCUACAGAGCACCGAAUAGCAUGAGAAAAACCUUCCAGGAACCUCCAAUGACUCUGUGGAACGAGAAUAAGUUUGUGACGGAGGGGUUAACGGUGCCCAGAGUGGAAAAUCAGGUGAACCAAGCUCAUCUGGAGAAGAUGAUUAAGCAUGCGGUGCAGGAAUAUUCCUAUAAGAACACGAUAGAACCAACAGCCUAUAGGCCAGAAAAAUAUUGGUUAACCAGACCCGAAGAAAAGUACAAUCCAGCUUUUGUCAGUGGAGACAAGUAUGCAACGUGGAGGACAGGCCCCUACAACAGCGCGGGGUGGAAUAAAUAUACCACCUACCUCCCCAGGCUUCCAAAGGAAGCAGGGAUGGAGACCAUUCUCCGUGGGAUGCCCAUGCAAUACCCGCCGAAACCCGACCGGCUCAAUAAUUAUGAAAGGGAAGUGGUGGUCAACAUGCUGAACAGCUUAUCCCGCAGCCAGCUCCCCUCUGUCCAGCACGGGUCUACCCUCCCCGGGAGAAAGCCCUUCCAAGGCUACUACAGCCCCUGCACCGGGCGCCACUACUGCAUGCGGGGGAUGGAUUACUACGUGGACGGAGCCCCCUGCAACGAGAGGCAGCUCAACCAGCUAGUGGAGAAGAUUGUAAGGAAUAUCCCAUACUGCGACUGCAGCCAAGAGACGAUGGGCUAUGCACCUUUGCACAACCCGCCGCAAUCUUUCCCGUAUAUGAACCUUAAGUGGGACACGAGUCACUUCCAGAAGGCCGGCGGGCCGCAAAAGGAUAACUAUGUCAUCCAUCCCGAGUUUGUGUCGGAGUCCUACCCCACUUCGCCGUGCUGGUAGAGAGGAGAGUCAGGCUUCCAUUAAAAUGGGUCUUGCCAA